GAUGGCGCAACAGGUGAUAUGGGGUUGCUAUGUGAACAUAAAUAUGGCAGGUCACGAGAGGGAACACAUUAUCAGCUAAUCCAUAGUACACGAUGGUCACUUACACGCAAGCCGUUCUUCUCUUCGUGGCGCUGACGGCAUCCCCGAGCACACAGUUGUGCGCCCCGGAUUGCACAGGUGUAGACCCCGGGACCAGUGUGAGAGACCCUACCGAUUGCACGAAGUACUAUGUCUGUGUCGACGCUUCUGGAACAGGAGAGCUCGUGCCAUCGGUCGAGUCAGUGGAUUGCCCCGACAACCAAUACUUCAACGAGCAGCACACGACCCCGCGCUGCGACCCCAUCGACGAAGCUCCGAGUGGCUUCUGCUCUGACCUGUGCAACCCUUGCCUAGCCGACUGCAACCACCCGGGAGAAGUGACUCCCAGCCCAAGCAACUGUUCCUCCUACUAUGUGUGCUUGGACGGCGGUCACACCCUAGAAGUCGAGUGCCCAGGGUCAGCUCCCUACUUCGACUUCAUGACCGGGAACUGCCAGAUUGACUCGACCCUGUGCUACCACUACUGCGACACGUGUGUGCCCCACUGCACCCAACAAAACGAACGCGUGGCAGACCCCUACAACUGCCAUAAGUUUUAUCUCUGUACCCCUCCCACCAUGUCCAGUUUUCUGUGUCCCCAUAGCCAGGUGUUCAACAGGGAGACAGGUGUAUGCGAGGAUGAUGCCGUGUGCAUUACUGACUGUUGAAAGAAAAUAUUUGUUGAGUUUUCAGUAUAAAUGUUUGCCAGUUCAGCCGCACUUUUUCCACAUAAACAUGUAUAUGAAAUAAACUUGUUAGAUAUA